AGCGUUUCCCAUAAUGCACCCCAAUAUUUGGUUUGAUUCGCGCGCACCUUUUCCUCCUCUCAGUGGAAAGCCGCUAGUAACUAUGGCAACUUUUUUCCACUUCUCAGACUCCUGAUUAAUGGAAGUCGCUGAGUGAUCGUUAAAAGUUGCGCAUUCGGUCGUGCGGGUUUGUUUUAUAGCUACCUUGAUUCGUUUCCCGCUUAGUUUUAAGAUUGUGGACUUAGCGAGUUAGCUAACGUUGCUGCGCGCGCUUAAUGCGACGAACCAGCCCUCCUGUCGCAGAGUGAUGAUGAAAGGCGUGUGACAGAGCGUAUGGACUGGGUGACUGUCAUGAUGGAUGAGCAGCAGGUUGAGGUCCCGGCCGAGGUGGGAGAAGCAGAGAUGGACGGGGCGAUCCGAGGAAUAUUGUGUGCAGCCGCAGGAGAAGCAGUAACGGAAGCGGAGGCGUCCGGGUGUGAAGGAGAGGGCAGGGGGACCCAAGAAGGCAGCCCUGGUACGCCCCAAACACCCUCCUCGCGUAAGUGGAGCGCAGUGUGGGUUCACUAUCGCAAAGUGGACCAGGAGAAGAAGGCUCUGUGUUUGCUGUGCAUGGAGAAGAUCCAGCACCAGAGCAGUACAAGCAACCUCAUCAGACACCUUCAGAACAAGCACCCCACUGAGUAUGCCCAGCUUGAGGAGCAUUCCCAGAAACGACCCCCCAAACGCAAAAACGACGAAUCAGAAUACAUCCCUGUGACUUCGCCUAAAACUCGCACCACACCGACCAGCCGCGUUGUCCCAUCUCAGCUCAGCAGCAAUCUAACGGUCGACUGGAGUGAUGGACGGAGGAUCCUGGAGCGUGAGCGUGAGCUGACUGAGGCGUUGAGGCGCGUGCAGCAGGAAGAGGGACGAAGUUUACAACAGCAGAGGGAUUUGAUGCAGCAGAUCCGAGAGCUUGAUGCAGAACGGCGAGCACUUCAGAACCAGAAACGUGAGCAGGAGGAUGAACAUCACAGACUGAAGAAAGAGAAGGAGGAUCUGGACAGUGUCAGGAUGGAGCUCCAGAAGGAGAAAGAAGAACUCCAAAAGGAGAGGGAGGAGCUGUUUAAGGCCAAGGAGGAGUUUAGGAAAGAAAGAGAAGAGUUGGAGAGACAGAGGCAGGAAAUGCAUGGAGAGGGACACAUACAGGGCCAAGUGUCCGAGUUUUACAACUGUUGAGUCGUCUUAAUGCUUCACUGGUAAUGCAGUUUCUUUCCAGUACUUUGUCAUUUUUUAAAUGUUUAGUGAACUUAGCUGAAAGGUUUCAUUAUUUGCCUUCUUUUCCUCCUCUCUGGACAUACUCCAUGUUUAGACAGAUGAUGAGAGUGAGUAUGGAGGAAGUGUUCCCAUAAACAAUGCAUUUCACUGUGUACUUUUUAACAUUGUAAAUUUAUCAAAACUCAAUACAGCAUUCUCACACACUACUGUCACCAAGCUGUCUUUUUUAAAUUCCUGUGUUACAGUGUGAACCCUGACAGUAGUGUCUCUGUUGCAUUGUACAAUGUAUUGGCUCCCCUCUACUGUAUACAACAGAGGCCUGAGACUCCUGAGCAGAUAUGAUUUGUGUAAUGGUUUACUGCAGUUGUUACUGUUUUGUUUUUGUAUUGGACCAUUUGAGCUUCCAUGAUCUUUCUGUGAUCCCAUCUUUCAGCAAAACGGCUAUUCGAGUUGUGGUCAGCUAAAUAUUAAAACCAGACCUCGCUAGAAAGAGGUUGACUAAA